AUGGGGUUGAUGUGUUCAAGAGGCUAUGUCUCUCACUUCAGGUCAGUGACAAAGUUCUACCAAUACCUGUUGGCCUUGGCAUUUGCUGUAAAAGAAAUCAAUGAGAAUCCUGACAUUUUACCAAAUAUCACUCUGGGAUUUCACAUCCUCAAUUGCUACUAUCUUUUGAAGAUGACCUAUAAGGCCACUCUCAGCCUGCUUUUUACACACCAGAGCUUCAUCCCCAAUUUCAGGUGUGAUACCCAGAAAAAUCUUAUAGCUGUCAUUGGAGGACUUAUGACUGAAGUCUCUACCAGCAUUGCAAGGAUUUUAGCCAUCUACAAGAUCCCACAGUUCACUUUUGGAUCAUUUUCCCCAGCGCAAGGGGGAAAGAUGCUAUUUCCUUCCUUGUACCAGAUGGCCCCAAACGAAGUCUAUCAGUAUAUGGGAGUUGUGCGUCUCCUUCACCAUUUCAGGUGGACAUGGAUUGAUCUCAUUGCUGUGGAUAAUGAUAAUGGGGACAGGUUUUUACAGUCUGUGGUCUCUUUGCUUUCACAGAACAAAAUUUGUUAUUCCUUUCUUCUAAGAAUACCCAAAAGGACAUUCGAGGAGGAAACCUUAAUGUUGCUUUUAGGGCUGCAGGAACAAUAUUCACAUCUUGUGGAGAGCAAAGCCAAUGUAUACUUUGUAUAUGGGGAGCCUCCGACGCUGCAAAUUUUGAGCAUGCUGCUCUCUGCAUCAGAACAAUUGCCUCUUAGAGGUAAAGUGUGGAUUGUCACAUCUCACUGGGAAUUUGAAUCAUUGUCCAUUCAAAAGAUCUGGAACACAGAAACCUUCCAUGGGGCCUUAUCAUUAACAGUUCACUCUAAUCAGCCACCGGGGUUCCAAAAGUUUCUUCAGAUGAUAAAACCUUCCUGGGCAAAAGGAGAUGGCUUUAUCCAGGAGUUUUGGGAAGAGGCAUUCAGCUGCUCAUUGAAAAUUUCCAACAUGCAAGAAGAACACUUGAGAAUUUGCACUGGGGAGGAGAAGUUAGAGACUGUUCCUGGGAUUUUGUUUGAAAUGAGCAUGACCGGCCACAGCUACAAUGUCUACAAUGCUGCCUAUGCUGUGGCACAUGCUUUCCAUGCCAUCUAUAUAUCCACAACCAUGCAAAGAAGAUUCAAAGAUGGAGGCCACCUGGAAUUUUUGAAUGUACAGCCAUGGCAGCUUCAUCUUUAUCUGAGGAACAUGUCCUUCAACAACAGUGCUGGAGACACAGUGCAUUUUAAUGAAAACGGAGAAUUGGUGGAAGGUUUUGACGUUACCAACUGGAUAACUUUCCCAAACAGCUCUUUUGUUAGAGUCAGAGUGGGAAGACUCGAUCCUCAGGCUCAUCAAGGGCAAGAAUUAACCCUUAAUUCUGACUUAAUUGUGUGGCAUGAAAGCUUUAAUCAGGUACUGCCUCUGUCUGUGUGCAAUGACAACUGUCGUCCUGGUUAUCACAGGAAAAAGAAGGAGGGAGAGAAAUUUUGCUGCUACGAUUGUGCUCCAUGUCCAGAAGAGAUGAUCUCUGACCAGAUAGACAUGGAGGCUUGUGUGAAAUGUCCAGAUGAUUGCUUUGCAAACUACCACCAAAACCAGUGCAUUCCUAAGGAUAUAAGCUUCCUCUCUUACAAAGAACCUUUGGGGAUCACCUUGGUUGUGUUGGCAAUAUCUUUCUCUCUGGUCACAGCUUUGGUGCUUCGAACCUUCAUAAAGUACAAAGACACUCCCAUCGUCAAAGCCAACAACCGGAGCCUCACCUACAUUCUCCUCAUCUCCCUUCUUCUCUCCUUCCUCUGCUCUUUGCUCUUUAUUGGACAGCCUCAAGAUGUGACCUGUCUACUUCGACAAACUUCAUUUGGCAUCAUCUUCUGUGUGGCCCUUUCUAGUGUGCUGGCCAAAACCAUCACUGUGGUUUUGGCCUUCAUGGCCACCAAACCAGGAUCUAGAGUAAGGAAAUGGAUAGGGGAAAGAAUGGCCUACUCUGUAGUGGUUUCCUUUUCCUUUAUUCAAGUAGCUGCUUGUAUUCUGUGGCUAAGUACUUCCCCUCCAUUCCUAGAUAAAGAUAUGCAUUCAUUGUCAAGGAAAAUCAUACUGGAAUGUAAUGAAGGGUCGAUUACCAUGUUUUACUUUGUUUUGGGCUACAUGGGCUUCCUGGCCAUGGUCAGCUUCAUAGUGGCUUUUCUUGCCAGGAAGUUACCUGACAUUUUUAAUGAAGCCAAGUUUAUUACUUUCAGCAUGUUGGUCUUUUGCAGUGUUUGGCUGUGCUUCCUUCCAACCUAUUUGAGCACUAAGGGGAAAUACAUGGUGGCAGUGGAGGUCUUCUCCAUCGUAUCCUCUGGCACUGGUUUACUGGGGUGCAUUUUUUCACCCAAAUGCUACAUCAUUAUUCUAAGGCCUGAGAUGAACAAGACAUAUGAAUUACAACAAAAUGGUUCAUCUAAAAAUGUGAUUGAGGUCUCAUACUUUUAUCACACCCGUAGAUCACUCUUCUUCCAUAGAGCUUUGUAA